UUUAUGAUGUAAUUUUUGUUAUUAUUAAGUCCAUGUUUCAUAGUAUUUUUUCUCCAUGGCUAAAUGUAGUGUUUUACAUCAUGUGUACCUUUUGACGUUUCGUGUCACUGGUGUUUAUGAAUCAAUAAUUAAAGAUUAUUUUGUGGUUGUGAAAUGUAAACUUUGAUCCGGUUCGUGUGUUGUCAAGAACAUAAACGUGUUCGUAUACGUAAGCAAUGAAGAGGGAUAUUUUGAGUAAUAGUAUCAAGCAUGCCUCAUUUAAUAUAGUGUUUCAAAUUUUUUUUCGUUGCAUUACGUUUUUAAUGAACGCAUUUGUGAUACGGUACAUAAAUCAAGAUGUAAUCGGUGUUACUAACGUGCGUUUGUUAUUACUUGAGUCCACAAUUCUUUUUAUAAGUAGAGAAGCAUUUCGCAGAGCCUGCCUAAGUAAAUCACUACAGCAUAAUUGGCAACAAGUCACCAAUCUCAUAUGGAUUACUGUGCCACUAAGCAUUUUUCUGAGUAUAGUGCUUGGGUACUUGUGGCUUUACGUACUUAAACAACCUAGUCAUGAAAUCACACAGCAUUAUUCAGUUGGAGUGUACGCCAUCUGCGCAAGUUGCGUUAUUGAAAUGUUCUGUGAACCACUGUACCUCACGGCCCAGGUUUUCUUAUUUUUGAGGCUUAAAAUAAUUUUGGACACAAUACAUGUUGUAGUAAGGACAGUUACAUUUACUUUACUUGUGAUUUAUAUACACAAUGGAGCUGUAAUUGCUUUCUCUGUUGCACAGGUUUUGUCUGUGCUUGUGUAUACUACUGGUUAUUAUGUAUAUUUUUGGCGUUACUUGAAGAGGCAUGCUACUGUUAGAAAGAAAGGCCAUGGUCGCCAUGGAGAUUCUACCCGUGAAAAGACUGAAGAAGGUGGAAAGGAAAAAGAAAGUUUUCCUAUCCGGUCCAUGGCUGACUUCUUUCCCAGGAAAUGUGAGAAUAAUGCAUUCAUCAGUUACCAGAUGACUGUUUUGACGUGGAGUUUUUUUAAACAAGGAAUAAUGAAGCAGAUUUUAACAGAGGGUGAGAGAUAUAUCAUGACACUUUUCUCAGUUUUGUCAUUUUAUGAGCAAGGUGUUUAUGAUAUAGUCAACAAUCUGGGUUCUCUGGCAGCUCGUUUUAUUUUUCGCCCAAUUGAAGAAGCAGCAUAUUUUUAUUUCUCACAAACUGUAGAAAGAGAAGUGCCUAUGAAAGACCAAAAGAAAGAAGAUGUAGAUGAAUCUGCAAUGGUUCUGAAACAGUUAUUGAGUGGUUUAAUGUCAUUAGGACUUGUUGUUGUAAUAUUUGGCCAAUCAUAUUCAAAGUUGCUUCUGCUGCUGUAUGGAGGUGAGAAACUUACAAUGUACCCAGGUCCGUUAUUAAUGCAAACACAUUGUGUAUCAAUACUGUUGCUUGCCAUUAAUGGUAUUACAGAAUGUUACGCAAUGGCAACAAUGACAGCAAUACAGAUUGACCGAUACAAUUAUUUUAUGAUUCUUUUGUCAUUUGCAUUUCUACUCAUUUCGUGGGGCUUAACUAAGUUGCUGGGUGGAGUUGGUUUCGUUCUUGCCAAUUGCUGUAACAUGACAGCACGAAUUGUGCAUAAUAGUACAUUCAUCCGUAGACGUUUCAGUGGAACCUCAUACAGUCCACUGAAAGGCCUAAUGCCUGGUCUUCAUUUUUCUGCAGCCUUGGUGGCUGCAGGUAUGUUGGUAAAAUUCUCAGAGGUUUACCUGUUUGACUCUUCUAAAUUUAUACAUUUUAUGAUUGGUGUUAUUAGCUUUCUGUUUAUACUUUCAGUUUGGGCAUAUGAAUCACGUGUUUUAGUUGUAUCUGCUCUGAACAAACUGAAACAUUUAAUGAAGAAAAAGAAACGUUAAAGCAGAUUAAUAUUAAAAUUGUUGAAUACUGUGAAGUGUAUGUACAUUUUAUAAAAAGGUUCAAAUGUAAUGUUAAAUUGUAUCUCUAAGUUAUAAAGUGGUGCAUUUUUAAGCUUCUGUGUCAAAUCUGCAUUCUGAGAUUGGCAUCGAUUAUUGGAAGACAUGUUUUAUAUACAUUUUAAAUAUUGAAUGUUGCUCUUAAAUCUUAUUUCGUAUAAUGAUUGCUCUUUAUUUUUAAUCUACUGACUGUCAGUUGGUGGAAAAAAAAGCUUUCCUUUGCUCAUUAGACUUUAAGGCUCUCUCAUUUUGUAUUUGGUGAUGUGACUGCAGUGUUUAUUCAGAUUUGAUGAAUAACUUUUCGCACAUACAAUAGUACCAAAUAGGAAGGUAGACUACUGAUCACAAAUUAUGUGCAGUUCAUGGCUCUGUCUUACGUGGUGUGCUACAGUAAGUGUUUCCAGUCUGAACAUAUCUAUUAGCACAAAGAAAUUUGUCACUGUGAAUGCCACUAAUGUAAUGUCUUCGUCAUUUUACCUCUGCCAAGUUUUGCUUUUUGAAUAUAGAAAUCUACAUCUAUACUCUGCAAGUCACUGCAGUGUGUGACACAAGGUACUUUGUUUGCCAUUAUAAUUUUGUCCUCUUCCUUGCCUUCUGUGAAUGAUGUGAGAGAAGACAGAUCUUUGAUAGAUAUCCAUAUUGGAUUCUGCAGUCAUGCUUGUUUUAUGAGUUAUGUGGAAGAGCAAGAAGUAUGUCACUUUACUCUUUUCAGAAGAUUGUGCUAGCAACCAGACAUACCUUUAUCAGUUUGUGAACUAACAGUUUCAUCAUGAUUUGCAGAUCUGGGGUAGGUUUACUACAAUUCAUUGCUGAAUACUAAUGUGAGCGAAGGUCCUUCUGUGACCAAAUAUAGCUGACUUUUUGAUUCCAAAUAGGAAAAUGGAGUUGAUUUUAAGAUUGUGACUAUACUUUUAUGGUGUACUUUAUUUGAUACUGUAUUUUUGAACCAGAUGUCACAUUUGGCAAGGUAUAUUAUGGUAUACAGUAUUAGGAGUAAAAACUGUCAUUUUUGUGAAUAUUGUGUGCUGAAAUAAGAUUAUUACUUGUACUAUUAGUGAUUCAGUUGUGGCCAUGUACCACCAGUAUUACAUCUUGUAUCACUCAAGCUUAAGAAUGUGAGGAGACAGAAUGUACAACUGGCUGUAUUGUGUUUAAUGAGUUACAUUCACUUGCUAAUUUUCAACUCCUUGAACAUUCCAUUUUACAAACAACUGAUGACAUGUAGCUUCACAGCAUGUAUGUGUAAUUCAUAUGUAAUUGUUCAUUGGUUUUCAUGUGUAAUGUGUAUUUUAAGAUAAUAUUAAUGCAUUUUUGAAUGUGGCUGUUACUUAGUGACCACAUGCUACAAAUUAUUAAACAGCCAACCUAUUGAACAUAAAUGGUACCUUGAUCUAGGUUUCGACACCUACUAGGGAUGUCUUCAUCAGAUUGAGAUGUUUUUAAAUUGUUAAAUUACAUUGCUAAAAAGCAGUAGUCAGAAUCUGGAACAGCUAUUCUCAAGUCAAAAGUAAAAUAAAACGUUCUAGCCUUUGUCACAUGUGCCCAGCUGGGAGCAACAUCAACAUUGAGUCUGAUGUUCCCAGCUGUGCACAUGUGGCAAAGGCGAGAAUGUUCUAUUUUACUUUUGACUUGAGAAUAGCUGUUGCAGAUUCUGACUAUUGCGUUUUGGUAAUGUAAUUUUAUGAUUUAGCAAUAUUUCAUUCUAAUGAAGACAAUCCUUGUAGGUGCUGAAACCUAGGCCAAUGUAGUUAUCAUUUAUGUGCAAUUGGUUGGCUGUUUAAUCAUAUGUUGAAAUAAUAUUAAUGGUUUACCAAGAAUCUUUCAGACAAUUUGAAGUAUAGUGUUUUUGCAUGAACAUUAUUAUUUGUGUAUGUUGUAUGUUGACGUAUGAAAUAACAAGGAAGUUGUAAACUGGUGAGAAACAAAAAAUGAUUUUGGAUUUUUUGAAAGAUAAAUGAAUUACAGUUCUUUGUUGUAAGCA